UGGCAGUCACCUGAUUGACAGAGGCGCCGACCAAACAGGGCACAAGACGACUUGAAGCCGCCCUACAAGGGUUUGGUUGCGGCCAAGCUGUCUCUUUAAACUGGUUUCAGCGGAGAGCAGGGAGAGGCAGCGAUGUGGUUUGUGGCCAAACCAAAAGGCUCCAGUUAACCAGCUGCCUGGCUGUCUGGACUCCAGAGACACGAACGUCUUCAAAGAAAACCCUGGCUCCUUGGGACUCGCCGCAGCGCUCGCGACUUGGGUCUGUGUGCGCGCUUCCAUCUCGGGGCAAAGGGGUCCAGGAGGGGCCAGAGCCGGGAGGCGGGAACGACCUGCCAAGGGUGAGAUGAUGGAGCAGCGUCUUCGGCGGCCGCGGUGGCAGCAUCAGCCUCAGCAGCCUCAGCAGCAGCUCUUGAACACACCUCAAUGAGAUCGGCGGUGGAAGCGGCUGAACAGAAAGACGUAAGCGGGCUAACUAUAGCUGCCGGGGAUGUAACCUGUUUGGCUAAAGGCUGCGAGGUGCGUAAUCCCGACCCGACUCAUUGUGGAGCGGGCGCAUUGCUACAGGUGAUUUGGUCUGUUACGGCAGCUGAGCCAGCUGGGCCAAUUUCAAAACAUUCUUAUUUUAAAGUCCAUCUGGACUGAGCGCCACCUGGAGAAGGAGGAAGACACCCCCACCCCAGCAAAAGUCUUACUGGUGAUAAAUUGAGGACCAAAAUUUACAAAGUGACUCCUCCGGUUACCUUCUCUCUUCUGUGCUAGACAGAUGGGAGCCAUGGCUUACUCUUUACUUCUCUGCCUCCUGCUCGCUCAUCUGGGAUUGGGAGCGGUUGGCUCCAGCCUCGAUCCUCCGGGACGGCCGGAUGCCCCUAGAGAGAGGACCCUGAGGGGGAAGCAGCAUGACCAGCAGCUGGCGCGAGCCUCUGCCCCGGACCCCUCUACUCCCUGGAGCCGCUCCACCGACGGCACCAUCUUGGCACAGAAACUAGCCGAGGAGGUGCCCAUGGACGUGGCCUCUUACCUCUACACCGGGGACUUCCACCAGCUGAAGCGAGCCAACUGCUCCAGCCGCUAUGAGUUGGCGGGCCUGCUAGGGAAGUCACCGGCCCUAGCCAGUUCCCAUCCCUCGUUGCAUGGGGCGCUGGACACUCUGACACAUGCCACCAACUUCCUCAACAUGAUGCUGCAAAGCAAUAAGUCUCGGGAGCAGACCGUGCAGGAUGACCUGCAGUGGUACCAGGCUCUGGUGCGGAGUCUCUUGGAGGGUGAGCCCAGCAUCUCCCGGGCGGCCAUCACCUUCAGCACCGAGUCACUGUCAACGCCUGCUCCGCAGGUCUUCCUCCAGGCCACCCGCGAGGAGAGUCGCAUCCUGCUCCAGGACCUGUCCUCCUCCGCUCACCACCUGGCUAACGCCACCCUGGAGACCGAGUGGUUCCAUGGGCUUCGGCGAAAGUGGAGGCCCCACUUGCACCGCCGCGGUUCCAAUCAGGGGCCACGGGGCCUGGGCCACAGCUGGAGGCGUAGGGAUGCGCUCGGUGGGGACAGGAGCCACGUCAAAUGGUCUCCACCUUAUCUGGAGUGCGAGAACGGGAGUUACAAGCCCGGGUGGCUGGUCACUCUCUCUGCUGCCUUCUAUGGGCUUCAGCCUAACCUGGUCCCGGAAUUCAGGGGUGUGAUGAAAGUUGAUAUAAAUCUUCAGAAAGUGGACAUUGACCAAUGUUCGAGUGAUGGCUGGUUUUCAGGAACUCACAAAUGCCAUCUUAACAACUCAGAGUGUAUGCCAAUCAAAGGCCUAGGAUUCGUGCUUGGAGCCUAUCAGUGCAUUUGCAAAGCAGGAUUCUAUCAUCCCCGUGUCUUCUCCGUGAACAACUUUCAGAGAAGGGGUCCAGAUCACCAUUUCUCAGGAAGCACAAAGGAUGGGUCAGAAGAAGCCCACGUCUGCCUGCCCUGCAGAGAAGGCUGCCCCUUCUGUGCUGACGACCGCCCGUGCUUUGUCCAGGAGGAUAAGUACCUGCGACUGGCGAUCAUCUCCUUCCAAGCCCUGUGUUUGCUGCUGGACUUCGUCAGCAUGCUGGUGGUCUACCACUUCCGCAAAGCAAAGAGCAUCAGGGCAUCUGGCCUCAUCCUGUUGGAAACAAUACUCUUUGGGUCUCUGCUCCUAUACUUUCCGGUUGUAAUACUGUACUUUGAGCCAAGUACAUUCCGUUGUAUUCUCCUAAGAUGGGUCCGUCUUCUCGGGUUUGCCACUGUCUAUGGAACUGUGACUCUCAAGCUUCACAGGGUCUUGAAGGUGUUUCUUUCCCGAACAGCGCAAAGGAUUCCAUACAUGACUGGUGGUAGAGUCAUGAGGAUGCUGGCGGUAAUACUCUUGGUAGUGUUUUGGUUUCUCGUUGGCUGGACUUCUUCUAUGUGCCAGAACUUGGAGAGGGAUAUUUCGCUUGUUGGCCAAGGGCAAACAUCUGAUCACCUCACCUUCAACAUGUGCCUCGUUGACCGCUGGGAUUACAUGACAGCAGUUGCUGAAUUUGUAUUCCUCUUGUGGGGUGUUUAUCUCUGCUACGCGGUGCGGACAGUCCCUUCCGCCUUCCACGAGCCUCGCUACAUGGCUGUGGCGGUUCACAAUGAGCUCAUUAUCACGGCUAUAUUCCAUACAAUUAGAUUUGUGCUCGCCUCGAGACUUCAGCCUGACUGGAUGCUGAUGCUCUAUUUUGCACAUACUCACUUGACUGUGACAGUCACCAUCGGGCUGCUUUUGAUUCCAAAGUUUUCACAUUCAAGCAAUAAUCCCCGUGAUGACAUCGCGACAGAAGCCUAUGAAGAUGAAUUGGACAUGGGUCGUUCUGGAUCCUACCUGAACAGCAGUAUCAAUUCAGCCUGGAGUGAGCACAGCCUAGAUCCAGAAGACAUCCGGGAUGAGCUGAAAAAACUCUAUGCACAGUUAGAAAUAUACAAGCGCAAGAAGAUGAUCACCAACAACCCCCACCUACAGAAAAAGCGGUGUUCCAAGAAGGGCUUAGGGCGGUCCAUCAUGAGGCGUAUCACCGAGAUCCCGGAGACCGUCAGCAGGCAGUGUUCUAAGGAGGACAAAGAGGCCACAGAUCACAGUGCAGCCAAGGGGACAGGCCUUGUCCGGAAGAACCCCGCUGAGUCCUCAGGGAACACGGGGAGACCCAAGGACGAGUCCCUGAAAAAUCGAGUCUUCUCUCUCAAGAAAUCCCACAGCACGUAUGACCACGUGAGAGACCAAACUGAAGAGUCCAGCAGCCUACCCACAGAGAGCCAGGAGGAGGAGGCCACGGAAAAUUCGACCUUGGAGUCUCUGUCGAGUAAAAAACUGACACAAAAGCUCAAAGAAGACAGCGAGGCAGAGUCCACAGAGUCGGUGCCUUUGGUGUGCAAGUCAGUUAGUGCUCACAACCUCAGCUCAGAGAAGAAGCCUGGGCACCCGCGCACAUCCAUGUUACAGAAGUCACUCAGUGUCAUUGCAAGUGCCAAGGAGAAGACCCUCGGGCUGGCUGGGAAAACCCAGCCUUCGGGUAUGGAAGACCGAUCUAAGUCCCAGAAACCUCUGCCGAAAGAUAGAGCGUCAAACAGGAAGUACUCGAAUCCGGAUAAUACAGACACGAAAGAUUCUGGCCUCCCAAACUCCAAUCAUUUGGAGGAGCUAAGAAAGCCCCAGAAAUCUGGGAUUAUGAAACAGCAGAGGGUCAACCUCCCCACCACCAAUUCUGACCUGAGCCCCAGUACCACCCAGAUAAAGGACAAUUUUGACAUUGGAGAAGUGUGCCCUUGGGAGGUUUAUGACCUGACCCCUGGUCCUGUGCCUUCAGAACCAAAAGCUCAAAAACACGUAUCAAUUGCAGCUUCUGAAGUGGAGCAAAACCCAGCUUCUUCUCUGAAGGAGAAGUCCCAUCAGAAGCCUAAGGCAGCUGAAAGUCUUCACCAACUCAAUCACAAGAGUGUAGACAAAACAGAGGUGUGCCCCUGGGAGAGCCAAGGUCAGUCCCUUUUGGAAGAUGAGAACCGUCUGAUUUCUAAGACUCCCAUUCACCCAGGGAGAGCCAGAGAGGAGAAUGGGAGUCAGCUCUACACAACCAAUAUGUGUGCUGGGCAAUAUGAAGAACUGCCCCCCAAAGCCGUGGCAUCAAAAGUAGAGAAUGAAAAUCUCAACCAAAUGGGAGACCAGGAGAAACAGACAUCUUCCUCUGUGGGUAUCACUCCUGGCUCCUGUAACUCAAGUAAUAACUCCCACCAACCAUUAACAUCACGAGCAGAAGUGUGUCCUUGGGAGUUUGAGUCCCUAGAUCAACCAAAUGAUGAAAGAAGUGUAGCUUUUCCCGCCUCCUCUGCUUUAAAUGCAAAUAAGAUAGCAGGGCCUCGGAAAUAGGAGGUCUGGGACACUUUCCAAGUGUAGCACCUUGGGAAGAAAAAGAGUAAUCCCCAGUGUGAUAUAAAAUAGAUCUGAAAAAUCAAAACUUACCAAGAAAGUUUUAUCAGCCUGGGGAAAUAUGGCACAUGGUGUGUGGUGAGGUGAAGAAAUGUGCUGGAGAAGGCUGGAAGCAGCUGUGCAUCACAAGGAGGAAGUCGGGCUCAGCCAUGGAAAGUCAUUCCCAGAGCAACACUGGGGAAAGCUUGGCAUUUCAACUUGUUUAAGGGACAUUGCCCUGUCCGUCUUUACCCAUGGGAGUGGAUGGUCUUAAGCAAGAUUAACCAGGAGGCACAGAAGAUGAAGGCAUGGAUUUUAAGAUAGGGAAAGCUUGGAUGUCUGUGACUGGAAUUCUAAGUAGCCGAUGAAAAAGACCUACUUUACCUAUUUAACCUUGGUAGCACUGCUAACUUAAUGCACCCCAAUACCUUUUAUAUAAAUGAUUGCUCUCAUUUUCUUAAAAUGUAUGUUUCAGUACAUUGUUGUGUCUCAGAUUCAAGCAUUCCAGAUUGUAUAAUUUUUGCAAAUAACUUUGAUAUUAUGUGACACAACACAUUUAUGCAAUCCACAGCUACUCAAUUGUCAUCGCAAACUACCCAAUACCUGCUAUCUAUCAACUGUAGUUGAUUCUUGGAGUACAGUAAGCUUUCUCUGGCUUAGGAAGCCGUAACUGUUAUGAUGUAAACUUUUAGUUUGGACCGUGGUUUAUAUAGUAUGAAGUUGGAUUUGACUCUAUUAUUUCUCAUUAGUUUGUGUAAUGUCUUAGUUGUUUUUUUUUUAAAUAUAAGUUGAGUUUCUUGUUCUGCACUUCUUGUAGGGACUCUGAAGCUCUGAAGCUCUAUUAGUCUUGGAGAUCAAGUGGUCCUGCUUAGUCAUAUGUCUCAGUAAGUUAAGGACAACUUAUCCAUUGUUUGUUCCCAGUCAGUGCUAGACUAUCCCAAUACAUUGUCCUUUUGAACUCUUUCAGUAUUUCAUAUUACCAUUUCCUAAGGAAGAAGCUGAGUGAGGAAACUGUGCUGUGUGUUAUUACCAACAGAAGAGGAAAACUCUAGGAAUGCUGUGAGAAUGAGAGCAUACUGCAGGUCCAGGAAAUUGCCUUUCACAACAAAUACAGAAAGGUAGCUCCUAAUAGCACUUUCAAGGGAUUAUUUUUAUAAAGAGAAAAAUUAAUGAUAGCAUCAAGAUCAUUGUAUGGAUAUAUUUUUAUUAUGCAUACUGAAAAUAUGAUAUUUUAAAUUACCAUAAACUAUUUAUUCUCAUAAACUUUUAUUCAUUGCUUCACCUAGGUUUAGAACUUGCUGGGCUCAAAUCCCAAAGAGAUUUUAUAACCUGAUUUACUCAAAGCCCAUAAGGUGUUAUGGGUUUUUCAUCCUUCCCAGCACCAGAACUUACAAGUCCUGUUAACUAUCAUUGCAAGCCGCCUAGCUCAAAAUGCCAAGCAUAAGAUUUGUUCGAAACCCUCGAAGCAUAUCUUAUAGAACUUGCUGCAUUCCAUACUGAUCUCCUAGCAUGAACAUCCUGAGUUGCUGAUUUAGUGCUAAGGAUGUUAUCUUGAAACGAGAUUCCAAAGUUCCGUCACAUUUUAUGUAAAAACGAAUCACUCAAAACUACAGCCCAGGCUUGCCUUUCUCCCAUCAUCACAAACACUGAACAACUGCUUAUUUGGCCAAGACAUUUCCAGCCAAAGUAACCGUUCUUUCAUUUGGUGAGCAACAAGGAGAAUUUGCUAGGAGGAUGGAAGAUGGGGAGAAGGAAUCAGAAGGUAGAUACAAGACUUUUCUUACUCUCAGUGGAAGAUAGAAACAGAAUGCUUUGUAUCUAUCGUCAAACUUUUCUCAGUGUUUAUUUUUUUAUUCAGGAGUAAGCAAGCACUUGAAGAGUUAGCAGAGCCAUGCGUGAGCUGCCCUCACCCAUUUGCUUGCUUCAUGCAUUACUCAGGUUGGUGGGGUAGGUUUGGAGAGCUAUAGACAUUUUAUUUUUAACUGCCCCCUUCAUUAAUUUCUAUCACCCCCUCCUUGCCCAUCAAAACCUAUCUGCUAGAUGGCUUUGGCAUGCUAUUCUGAGCAGCAUCUGUGAACCUGGUUUUAGAGUUUCUAAGCUCACGUACUUGUUACACUUGUGCCCGAGGUCUGUUAGCACUUGAUUCACUUCUGAGAAUUAAGCAGUCAACUGUCACUGAUUUCUGUUGCACUUCAGGAUGAUCCUGCUUGACAUGUGGCUAGCAGAAGAUUUGCCAAAUUUUACCUUAGUGACAGUCUGCCCUUCCCCCAUAGGUUAUUCUCCACUAUCACAAAUCAGCGCAAAUGUCUAGGGUCUUUUCUAGCAUUUCAUUGUCAUGACUUAUCACCAAAAGAAACUGAACUCUGUUGUUCUGGAAGCUCCUUUUCCCAGGCUGAGAACAAUAGAAAGUGCAUACCGUGUGAAGGUCUCACAAACAUUUGCUAGGCUGUCCUCUUCAGUGCAUGUGCAGGCUGCAUCCUGUCCUUGUUUUAAGCCAGGGUUUAUAAAUAAGUAGAUUUAUAUCAGUCUUCAUAGAAGUGUAUAUUUUAUGCAAGAAUUAAAUGCUUUACAACAUAAAUUAUUACCCCACACCUCGUAAGGUAUUGUCGGUGGCAAUACAGAUUGAAACCCGACAGUUGUCUUGUAUUUGCUUCCUAGGUUUCUGCAUGCAAGUGGUGAUAGGUAGGACUGACAACACACUGCCUUUGACUUCUAGCAUUUAGCAGCCGAGAGUUGUAGAGUCAACAAAGCUGUAAGUCUCUUCACUUAACCUGUGGUUCUUCUACAACUACUGUCUGAAUCUACAGCAUCCCACCAUGAAAUAUUUGGUAAAUUUAUGUUGUGAUGUGUUGCAGCAUGUAAAUAACUAUAACUUCUCUGCAAUAAAACAUUUAUAUGAAAGUGA